UAAGUUUUCCAUGUUUAUACUGUUUCAGGAGCCACCAAGAAAGCAUGUAUUUUCUCACCAUGACAACAGACAAGCAUUUCUCAAUGAUGCACUUAUUUUCCAACAGGGUUUGGGUAGAAGGAGAGUUCCAAACAGCACUUACCAGUUUAAAAAUGAUUUUAUAACCUGGAUGCCAGAAAGGGAAUUUAUUGAAAAGUCCCGACCAUUAGUUACUACUUACAAAGUAGAUUUUAUGAGUUCAGAUGCUAAAACACAGCUUUUAACGAAACGUCCUAAAACAUCAUUUGAGGGAGUACCAACAACAUCGUACAGAUAUGCUCAUGGUAAAAGUGCUCCAAAUAAGGGAGAAAUUGAUGCUAUGAACAAUGAAGGUCUAAAAUUAAGUCUUUUAAAUCGUAAAGAGAGAGCGAUGUCUGCUGUAAGCACGGGGAGAGAAUCAGUAGCUUCUUGUCUCACAUGGACUUCAUUUAAGCCAAAAGUUAAGAAUGAGGAGACAAUGAGACCUGUUAUACCAUCAGCAACUGUAACGUCCGAAUUUGUACCUCAUCCCCCUACAGCACCUAAACCACAGACAACCACGCUAGAUUUUCAACCUCCGGUGCAGCAGGCCUGGCCAGCACCGGAACCGGCCGUCAUCCAGCAGCAAACGGCUCAACUGCCGCAUGCAGACAUGCCAGUUUCUUCACAGCCUAUGGCUGAGUGAUAGUUGUUACUUGAUAAUUACUUGUAGUCAAAAUUUUAGCAAAGCCCCCAAAUAUUAUUGUUACAUUUUUUCCAACAUUGUUGUUGGAAAUGAGAAAAAUGAAUAGACUAAUACUUAUUGUUUGUUUUAAUAGAUCUGAUAUAAUAAAUCUGUACAUGAUUAUUGUUACUAAUA